CUGGAGCUCACCACGAGGCCAGCCACGCAUGACCAUCCCCGGGGGCGCGCAGCCCACGCCUCAGUGACUCGGCGACCCUCGCCACGCUCGCUUCGGGGCUCCGCCAUCUCUGUGGCCCUCGGCUCUCCUUCCACCGCCGCCUCGGCUUCUUGCCCCCCCGUGGGCGGCCGGGUAGCCACCUCAGCCACCCCGCAGCCGCCCCCACGACCCCCCACCUCCGGGUAGCUGCCAGCAGCGCGAGGCUUCUGCUCCACCUUCGAGCCUUCACCACCCGAACUCCGGCCGCCAUCAUGUCUGCCACAACUUCUGAGGCUCCAAAUUCAGCUGUCUCCAGGGAGGCCAGUACUCAGUCUUCAUCAGCAACCACCAGUCAAGGAUAUGUUUUGCCAGAAGGCAAAAUCAUGCCAAACACUGUUUUUGUUGGUGGAAUUGAUGUUAGGAUGGAUGAAACCGAAAUCAGGAGUUUCUUUGCCAGAUAUGGCUCAGUAAAAGAAGUGAAGAUAAUCACUGACCGAACUGGUGUGUCGAAGGGCUAUGGAUUUGUCUCAUUUUAUAAUGACGUGGAUGUGCAGAAGAUAGUAGAAUCACAGAUAAAUUUCCAUGGUAAAAAGCUGAAACUGGGCCCUGCAAUCAGGAAACAAAAUUUAUGUACUUAUCAUGUGCAGCCACGUCCUUUGAUUUUUAAUCCUCCUCCUCCACCGCAGUUCCAGAGUGUUUGGAGUAGUCCCAAUGCUGAGACGUACAUGCAGCCUCCAACCAUGAUGAAUCCUAUCACUCAGUAUGUUCAGGCAUAUCCUCCUUACCCAAGUUCACCAGUUCAGGUCAUCACUGGAUAUCAGCUGCCUGUUUAUAAUUAUCAGAUGCCACCGCAGUGGCCUGCUGGAGAGCAGAGGAGUUAUGUUAUACCUCCGGCUUAUACAACUGUUAACUACCACUGCAGUGAAGUUGAUCCAGGAGCUGAUAUUUUGCCCAAUGAAUGUUCAGUUCAUGAUGCUGCUCCAGCCUCUGGAAAUGGCCCACAAAAGAAAUCUGUGGACCGAAGCAUACAGACAGUGGUCUCUUGUCUGUUUAACCCUGAGAACAGACUGAGAAACUCUCUUGUUACUCAGGAUGAUUACUUCAAGGAUAAAAGAGUACAUCACUUUAGAAGAAGUCGGGCAGUGCUUAAAUCUGAUCAUCUCUGUUAACUCAUCUCAGGAGGUUGUUGGUUUUGAAUAUUAAAAGAAACUGAAAAGUUUUCACUAUUAUAGAAAUUUUGAUAAAUCACUCAGACUUUCUAUAAGUUACAUUAGAUUGCCUAGUUUUAUGUUAAACCUGUUCAUUAGAUGUUUAUAUAGAAACUGGUUCUGUGUUCAUCAUAUAGUUGAAAGAAAAGAUAAUUGCAAGUAAAAAAAGAUAAAAAAUAAUUGAAAAAUAGUUGAAAGGAAUAACUUUUAAGAUUACCUUAAGGACUUUUAAUUGAAAUUGGCAUUUUAAGAGUUCAAAAGCAAAUACUAAUUUUCAAGGAAAGGAUUUUAUAAACCUAUUUUGAAAGGUCAGGAUUUUGAUAGUUUGACUACAAGCAUUUCACUUCUUAACAGGUACCUGAACAGUACAGUAUUUACAAGAUUGUACUUUAUGUUUAUUAUUUGUCUAAACAUUUGCCACAAAAGCAGAAUUUUUAGAACCUGCAUUUUUAAUCAGUGGAACUCAAUAUAUAGUUAGCUUUAUUGAAGUCUUCCUUAUCUAAACCCAGGAAAACAGAUUAACAGUCCAAUCAGUGGGUCUUAACAUUUAUACAAAAUAUUUUACCCUUUAUCUAGAAUCCACACAUAUACAUAUAUCCUAUUUAUUUGGUUGGGAUGGUAAUUAGGAUAUCUAAAAUUCUGGGUAUAAUUUUGUUUAAAGAAUCCAAGACAAACUAAACUUCACUAGGUGUAUAAACUAUUCUUAGUGAGUUAAUACUCUUUUUUUUUUCUUAAAAUGCUAAACUCAAUGGCUGUCUUAAAAUUGUGCAAAAUACUGGUAUUAAAGAGUGCUGAAAAUUUUUUUAUGUCACUUAAAAGUUAAUCAGAGUAUCUGAAAGAAAUUGUUUUUAUAAAAACAUUCAAAAUAUUAGUAGUUACAGAGUAAAUACAUUUUUAGUUUUGUUAGUCUAUUGUAUUUCCCUUUGUAAAGUAAAAUAUGUCCAAAACAGUCAAGGUAGACAAUUUUGACAUUUCUAAACCUCAAACUUUGUUUCAUAAAUGUAUCCCAAAAAUGUGCUAAAGUGAAUCUGUUUUUAGAUUAAAUAGACAUUAGAUCAUUGGACAUUAUGCAUCGUGUCAGCAGAGAACCUUUGUACCCACAGUGUUUUGCAAUCUUACUCCUAUUCUGUCAGGAUUGCUCCUUGAUAUAAAGUAGACAAGUAACAGUUGCAAGCCGUUCAGGAGUGAAGCCUUAGGAAUAGAGCACAGAAAUAGUACCUUGCUAACUAAAACAAUUGGCUGAACAUCAUCUGACCUGCUAGGGACAUGAGUUUUAAAAUGCCUUGUUGGUUUAUUUUGUAUUAGCCCUUUCCCUCAAACAUGGAUAUUCUACUUAUUCUAACUUAAUGGAACCCAACGGUUCAUAUCACAACUGUCCCUAAUGAUCUUUAACUCUUAAUUUUAUUCUAUAUCUGAAGUCAAAAUUCUUUUAUGUCACCAAGUCAGUAUACCAGAAAACAAAGAAGUGUCCUGAAAUUUGUUCUUUUUACAGUUUUUCCUCUUAUUUCAGUGUAUUUGUAGUGUAUGUCCUUACAUGUACCACUCUGUGAUUAAAUCUCCAACUCACUAUAAAUGAUACCCUAAAUUCUGAGGCACAAAUGUAAUUGUUGCUAUAUGACUUUAAAGAAAAGUAAGGGAAUAAACUUUUGUCUGCUGUUUUGUUGGAGUCAAGUAUUGAAGAGAAGGGAGAAAGAAAAGAUAAGUACUAAACCUUUCAAAAUGGAAGCUUAAUUUUAAACUUAAAAGUAUGUUCCUAUUACGUAUUGUCUUUACAUAUAUGAAUAAAAUCUUUUUUCAAAAGCA